GCCCUCGCCCCCGUGUCCUGUUGGACCAAUGGGCGGUGCUGAUCCGCGCGCGCGCUCGCUCUCUCUCACACUGUGCAUGCGACCGAACAGCGUUGGUGUUGUGGAUUCUGCUUGAAUAAUAUUACUGACCUAAAUCUCUGAGACAGGCCUGCACAUUUGCGCAAACAUUUUGGUCCAAACGGCGAGCGCGCGAAACGAAACGGCAGGCAGGAUGAGCAAAGUACAGGGCGGCAUGAAAUGUGUCAAAUACCUGCUGUUCGUCUUCAACUUCAUAUUCUGGCUGUCGGGCUCAGUGGUGUUGGCUGUGGGAUUAUGGUUGAGGUUUGACCCCGACACGGCCAACCUCUUAGCCGAGAAUGAUGCCCCUGAACAUUUCUUCAUUGCGGUGUACAUCUUGAUCGGAGCAGGAGGUGUCAUGAUGUUGGUGGGGUUCUUCGGUUGCUUUGGGGCCGUGAGAGAGUCACAGUGUCUUCUGGGAUCGUUUUUCGCCUGUCUUCUGGUGAUCUUUGGUGCAGAGGUCGCUGCUGGAGUCUUUGGCUUUUUGCAUAAGGAAAAGAUCAUUAAUGAUGUACAAAAGUACUAUGACUCCACUCUGGAAAAUGACAACGGGACUGCCAUUGCCUCCAUGUAUCACAAAGUGCUGGAGUGCUGUGGGACUGAAUCUUCCCGUCCUCCUGAUCUGUGCACCGAGGACAGUCCUAACACAGAUUGCGUUAAAGCUAUCGAAGACUUCUUCAAUGAAAAACUCUUCAUAAUUGGAUAUGUUGGGCUUGGCAUUGCUGGAAUAAUGAUAAUUGGCAUGAUCUUCAGCAUGGUUCUUUGCUGCGCCAUUCGAAACAGCAGAGAAGUUAUUUAGGCGCCUCACAGUUCCCCUCUCGCCCAGUUGGACUGUUUCAAAGCCUACCUUCUUAGACCUCAUCGGACCAUCACAUUCAGGCUUGGGAGCAGGGUGGAGGAACUUCCAUGAGGUAGUUUGGGUCUUGUGAACAGCAUUCUGUAUCUGAUCGUUUGUGUCUUUUCUGGUUCUUGCAUUGUUUGAAGAUGACCUCCACUGCAUGGACUGCUAUUGUAAUCCAAUUAACCUUUACAUUUAUGUUGAAUCAUUACAAGCGGUACAUAGUGUACAUCUCUCUUUUUCCAAACUUGCUCUCACUUUAAUAGAGAGCUCUGACAUCUCGUGUCCCUGGCCAUUUUCUUACUGAUGUAAAUAAGCUUCCUGAUGCCUCUUAUUGAUUGACUUAUUUCCUGUUAUUUAUUGUGUGAAGUAGAUCAGGUUUUCUGUGCUAAUAGAUAAAGGGUCAUAUGUUUGUGUUUUGCUGGUGAUUAAUAUUUGGUUAUUGUAAUUGUGCCACAUCAUAUAGAUACUGAAUGAAGCCAAGGAGUGGAAAAGUAUGAUUUUUUUUAAUGUGUGACUUAGUAACGUUCCUGGUUCUAAUGUAAAAACAUGAGUGUAUGGUAUUCCAAAGAAAAACAUUUAGCUUCUUAAUAAUCUAAUGUGAUGCUUGCUCUUUCGCUGAAACCUUUUGAGUUUGCUGCUAUUGGUUAAUGUUAACCAGUAAACCAAAUUCCUAAUUGUUACUUUUUUAUUUAAAGUUGAUGUAAAGCAGCAAUAGUAAAUCAUUUGUAAAAAAUGGAAUUACCACUGGGAGGAGAGGAAACUCAACCUUCAGACUCCAUGUUCCACUCUUAAAAAAUGUUUUCAUUCAUUUGUUUUUUCAAGCGUGACACUUGUUUAAGUGGUUAAUGCACAUUACCUUCCUCACUUGGCUGAUUUUGAAUCUGUAGAGGUCAAACACCAGCUAUAGGGGAGAACAUAAAUGUAAUUUGCAAUAUUUCUGUAAAAUUGAACAAAAGCAGCCAAAUCAAAAACAUAUCUAAAAUCGUCAACCAUUGCUUCUCUUUGUCUUCUGUUCAAGAAUGGACCCAAUAAUUUUAUUAAUCGAUGUGCCUUUACAAAGCCACAUUAUACAUGUGUUUGCAGAACAACACAUUUGAGUUCCUCAACUUCAAAUACUUUAUAGCAUUGUGUUGCAUGUAAAUGGCUUUGAAAUGAGAAAAUAUGGUCGCAGGUCAAUAAACCCUGAACAACAUUAAAACAGUGCUCACAAGUAAAAAUUUGCUUUUUUAUUUUUGCAUGUUGAAUAAUAGCACCAUUUCCAUUGAACAGAAAUGAAUACAUGUUGCACUGAAGUGUUAUUGUUGGUAGAUGUUAAUACUGAAGUCAAAACAUAGCACUUAAAUAUACAGCGUUUUGUUCAAGGCUGGGUGCCUCAAACUUUAUGAUGGAUCAACUUUUUGGAUAAAAAGAAUGACCUAUGCUUUGAGAUUAGAAAUCUCAAGCAACUAAAGUUGUAACAUGUGGUGGUCCAUGUAACGGAAGGAAAUGCAAUAAAAUGUCUACAAAAUUGUUAUAUGUUGCAUAAAAAUGAUAUGCAUCAAAUGUUGGUCUGUUUUAGGGAAACCAUCAAGAUAGACCAUCAAGUACCUCACAUACUUUCCACAAAUCGGUUCAUAAACCACAAUGGAGGACAUGUGCGUCAACGGAAUAAAAGCCAAUGAUAUUCCCUAAAACUAGUAACAAAUUUUAGAGUAACAAGGUCUGAAGUCUUCAAAAGCAUCAAGUAACCCUAUUGUUUAGACACUGAAAACAGUGAAAGUAACAGAAAUAAAUGAAUUCUAAAUCAGGGAAAAGACAGACAAAAGCAAGUAUUAAUGCAAAAAUAAUUGUACAAAGUGAAUAGA